AUGGCUGGCAUGAGCAGCAAGCGGCUGCAAAAGGAGCUGGUCAAAAUCCAGACCACCUCCCUCCCGCCCGGCAUCGCCCUUGUCUGCGCCCCCGACCUCCGCGAGUGGCAGAUGGACCUCAGCAUCCUCGACAACCCCCUCUACCCGCCCACCGACAAGUACCGCCUGCGCUUCAUGUUCAGCUCCUCCUACCCCAUCGAAGCCCCCGAAGUCGUCUUCGCCGCUGUCUCCACCCCCGAACGCAAGAUCCCUCUCCAUCCCCACAUUUACAGCAACGGCAUCAUUUGCUUGGACUUGCUGGAUAAGCAGGGCUGGAGUCCGGUGCAUAACGUUGAGAGUAUAUGUAUCAGUAUACAGAGCAUGUUAGCGGGGAAUACCAAGGCUGAGCGACCUCCGGGAGAUGCGGAGUUUGUGCGGUCAAAUCGGCAAAGACCUCGGGACAUCAAUUUCCUCUAUCACGACCCCAAGAAGGCGUUAGCCAACCUCCGCUCCUUUGCCUCCGGUCCCACAAACUACUACAAAUGCCCUCUCCCCCGGCGAGCAGCGGUCUUGAUCCUGCUCAUAGCAGACCGUAGAGGCGACCUGCGAGUGGUACUAACCAUCCGCUCCGCCACCCUGAAAAACUAUGCCGGCCAAGCAGCCCUCCCAGGCGGCAAAGCCGACUCCCUCUCCGAAUCCCCCUUCUACACCGCCCGCCGCGAAGCAAUGGAAGAAAUCGGCCUCCCGAUGAGCGACCACAAACUCCCCGCAGGCUACAGCGUCGAGCACCUCACCGAGCUGCCCACCAACCUCGCCAUGACGGAGCUGGGCGUGCGGCCGUGCGUCGCGUACCUCAAAGCCCCUCCUCCGUCGGCGCAGAAUCGCAACCCUGAUGCGGCGCGGGAUAUCCUGCCUACGCUGGAUGCGAGGGAGGUCGCGGCGGUGUUUACGGCGCCGUUUUACAAUUUCCUCAAAGAGAGGGAUGUCGAUCCGGAUGUUAGGCGGGAUACGCCGGGCGAGUGGUAUAAAGGGACGUGGCACAGCUGGCACGAGACGGCGUGGCGCAUGCAUCAAUUCUGGGUGCCCGUGUCGCCGAGCACCGUCUUUCUCGCGAAUUACAAACAAGAGCGACGCAAAGACGCCGACACCACCGCUGUGAAAAGCCCGUCCUCCAAGGCCGAUGCUUCGAACCCGAAAUCCGUGCAAAGUCAAGGCUCGAGCGGUCGCUCUUCGUCCUCUUUGCAGCCCCCGCUCCCGCGCUCCUUCUACUCUAUCGCAGGCGAUGCGCUCGCUCAACCGCGCUACCGCGUCUUCGGCAUGACGGCGAGGAUUCUAGUCGACUGCGCGCGCGUCGCGUUCGGCGAGGAGCCGGAGUAUGAGCAUAACAGCCACUUUGGCGAUGAGGAGAUGAUCGAUCGGCUGAUUAGAAUUGGGCGGCUCAGCUCCAUCAAAAAGGAAGGGGAGGUGCUGACGCGGGAAGUCAUGAUGAAGGCCGCUAAGGCUAAGAUAUAG